CAGGAGUCGACAACACACAACGGUGAGUCUCUUCAGUAGAAAUUAGGGAGUUUGGGGGGUAAGCCCUUUUGCUGUCGUUGAGGAGAAGGUGGCGGAGGUAGCCAGGAGGACGGGAAGCGAAAUAACACACGGGAACUGAAUGUGAAAGUUACUUUUCCCACUAGAACAACACCGGGUAUAUGCCCAGUCUUCAUGAAAGCCAUCAAAGAAACGAAACGCCUUUUUGUGGGUGGCCUUAGUCAGGCCAUUUGUGAGACAGACCUGCAAAAUCAGUUCAGCAGAUUUGGAGACGUUUCUGAUGUGGAGAUCAUCACACGGAAUGAUGACCAAGGAAACCCACAGAAAGUCUUUGCAUAUAUCAACAUCAGAGUAGCAGAAGAAGACCUGAAAAAAUGUAUGUCUGUGUUAAAUAAAACAAAAUGGAAAGGUGGAACAUUGCAAAUUCAGCUAGCAAAAGAAAGCUUUUUGCACAGAUUGGCCCAAGAGAGAGAAGAAGCAAAAGCAAAGAAAGAAAAAUCAACAACAAGCAGCACCAACUUGUUAGAAAGGAUGGGAGGGGUGGAUUUCCAUAUGAAAGCUGUGCCAGGGACAGAAGUGCCUGGGCACAAGAAUUGGGUUGUGAGUAAAUUCGGAAGAGUCUUACCUGUUCUUCACCUUAAAAAUCAACAGAAGCGUAAAAUAUUAAAAUAUGAUCCAUCAAAAUACUGCCAUAACAUAAAGAAGAUAGGGGAGGAUUUCACAAAUGUCAUUCCUAUAUCCAGCCUCACUUGGGAAUUAGAAGAAGGGAAUGGCCCUAUGAGUAAGAAACGGCGAGGAGACUUCUCUGACUUCUACGGCCCUGCCAAGAAGAGGAUGAGAGUGCGGAAGGGUGAGGGUUCUGCUGGGUCUCUGGCCGUGAGUCCAAGGUCCAGUCAGGUAAUGGAGAGUCCACACUUACCACAGCAACCAGCUACAGAAAAAACACCUUGCAAUUCCAUUACAACUUCUAAAUCAGCUCCUAUACCUGGUUCUGAUACUCAAAAACUUAAAAAUGUACUUUUUCAGACUUCUGGUUUGGAAACUGCCAGGAAGAGAAAUAGCAUGUCUGAUGAUGAUAGCGAUUCAGAAGAUGAAUUAAGAGUGUUGAUUGCAAAAGAGGAGAACUUACAGAGGUCCUCAAUAAAUGAAUCUGACAGUGAUCCCUUUGAAGUUGUAAGGGAUGAUUUCAAAUCAGAUGUUCACAAACUUUAUUCUUUAUCAGGUUUAGGUGUCAAAAAUAAUGUCUCUUGCCAUGUUAGUGGUGAUGAUAUUACGGGAAAUGAUUGUGAAUAUGACUCAGGAGAUACAGAUGAAAUCAUUGCAAUGAAAAAAAACAGUAAGGUCAAAAACAGUAUGGAAUUUUCACAAAUGGGAAAAUCUAUACAGACAGAACUGUCUUUCAAAAAUAGAGAAAACUGUGAGCUUUCUGUUCAUUGUAUUAAAAUACAAAGAAGGAAAAGAAAUGUAGAGUCAGCCCUCAGUCAUGGAGUGAAGUCUCUUAAUUGUAAAUCUCUGUGUGACUCCAGUAGCAGUAAAGAUGCAGAUUCUGCAUCAGAAUUAGCAGAGUCUGAAGAUGAGUAUAAUGCCAUGAUGAAAAACUGUGUCCAUGUGAAUCUCACGUUAGCUGAUUUGGAACGCUUGGCUGGCAGUGACCUGGGGGUUCCAAAAGAAGAUGCUGAGAGUGGCAGCCCAGAAACCACCACCCGCUGCAAGUUUGACAGAGCCUCCAAAGGCCCACAGCCUCCUGGUGGCCUCCGCAGCUGCUGGCAGGGCAUUUGUCCUGAGGAGAUUGUGGCUUCCCUUUUAGAGGAAAAAGAAAACACCUGUAGUAAACAGAAGCAAAAGGAAAACAACAUAAAGCCAAAAUUCCAGGCUUUCAAGGGAGUAGGCUGUCUCUAUGGAAAGGAAUCUGUGAAAAAAUCCUUGAAAAAGAGUGUUGCCUCUAACAAUAUUAAUGGAAAUCAGAAUUCCUUGAAACAUGAGGAUCCCAGUAGCAUUUCCAUAGAAGACAAGUCCAUGUGUGCAAAGGGCUCAUCAAGUGAACUGACUCCAUGCCAACGUGCAAGGAAGAUGAACAGCCCAAACCACAUUCAGGCUCUAAAAGGGCAAUCCACUUUUGACAGUCAGGAUUGUAAGGUGGUGUCCCCUAGCACCACCUCAGAAAAGGGAAGAAGAAAUCCUGUUUCUAGUCUGUUGCCAUUAAAAGGUAAGAAAUCCUUAAAUCUUAGUACAAAGACUGACAAGAUAGGCUUUGGCAAAGACCAUUGCCAUAGUACCACAAAGACAGAAGCAGCUUCAGAGGAAGAGAGAUCUGAUUCAAGCAACCUCAUGUCUCUUGGGAAAUCCCCAAAGGUCUCUUCCAGGAAGGACACCCAGGAAAGCAAAACCGAUUUCUCACUUUCUGUUAGUAAUUUGUCAGAUGUGAAUGCUAAGGACAAGCAUGCCGAAGACAACCAAAAGCGCUUGGCAGCUUUGGAGGCCAGGCAGAAAGCAAAGGAAGUGCAGAAGAAGCUGGUACAUAAUGCUCUGGCAAACUUGGAUGGUCGUACAGAGGACAAGCCAACACACAUUGUCUUCAGUUCCGACAGUGAAAGUGAAGCAGAGGAGACAUCCACUCAGGAGCAGAGCCAUCCAGGAGAGGAACUGGGGAAAGAGUCCAUGGGUGGAGCUUCUGGGAAGCUGUUUGACAGCAGUGAUGAUGAGGCAUCUGAUUCCGAUGAUGACAGUAACAGGUUCAAAAUUAAACCUCAGUUUGAGGGCAGAGCUGGACAGAAGCUCAUGGAUUUACAGUUACACUUUGGCACUGAUGACAGAUUCCGCAUGGACUCUCGAUUUCUAGAAAGUGACAGCGAAGAAGAACAAGAAGAGGUAAAUGAAGAGAAAACUGCUGAGGAAGAAGAGCUUGUUGCAGAAAAAAAGAAAGCCCUGAAUGUUGUGCAAAGUGUUUUACACAUCAGCUUAAGCAAUUCUACAAGCAAAGCAUCAUUAGCUACUAAGAAAUUUAAAGACAUCAUACAUUAUGACCCAACAAGGAAUGACCAUGCCACUUAUGAAAGAAAAAAAGAUGACAAGCCAAAAGAAAGUAAAGCAAAACGAAAGAAGAAAAGGGAGGAAGCUGAGAAGCUACCUGAGGUAUCUAAAGAAAUGUAUUAUAACAUUGCUACGGAUUUGAAAGAAAUAUUCCAAACUACGAAAGAUAUCAGUGAAAAGGAAGAAGACACGCCCUGGAAUGAGGACUGUGGUAGAAAGAAACCUGAGGAAAUCCACAACCUUGCUGCUGUGACAAGUGGGGCAGAGCAGCCCAGCGGGUUCACAUUCUCUUUUUUUGAUUCAGACACCAAAGAUAUAAAGGAAGAGGCUUAUAGAGUAGAAGCAGUGAAACCUGGGAAGAUUGUCUGGCAGGGAGACCUUCAUUUCCAAGACAGCAGUUCAGAAGAGGAAGACACUACAAAAGAAACAGAUCACAGAAAGCCCAGCCAUGGGGAAGCAUCAUUACCUGAGAAAGAAACCACUAGAUUUUUCUUUUUCUCUAAGAAUGAUGAAAGACUUCAUGGUUCUGACUUAUUCUGGAGAGGAGUGGGAGGUAAUAUCAGCAGGAGUUCUUGGGAGGCCAGAACAACCAACCUGCGUAUGGAUUGCCGGAAGAAACAUAAAGAUGCAAAAAGGAAAUUGAAACCAAAAUAAUAAUUGUCAACAUUGGUUUUGAUACUGAAUGUGAACAAGGCUCACCUAAGGAAAUUGACCCAAUAAAUAGUUUUUGCUGACAAAGAAAUUUCAGAGUUGAAAGAACCUUCAACAUCUGACUGGUGGAAUAUCAUUCUGGUUGCCAUCUUUUUCUGUGGAAUUGCUCUGUAUUCCUUAGUAAUUACAUUAAAAAAUUAAACUGAACUUUUUAAAAAUGAAACACAAGAUAGUCCCCCACAAUACUUAUGUAUAAUCUCUUUCCCACCAUCCUCAAUAACUAAUGGGCAUCUUCUGAUGCAAGUUUUACAUGAAGCCUUUUUUGAUUAAUGGAUCAAAGCACUUGUAUUUUCCAAGUUAGGUUUUGUGUGAAUUAUAGGCUAUUUGAAAUAUUUAUUUCUGACUGUACCAAAUACACCUUACCCCCAUUUUGUCAUUUUUGUUUAAAAGGAUGAAUUUUAGGUCAACCUUGAGUUCUAUAGCUAACUAUUGACUAUUAACUAACAACCUUGAGUGUUAUAGCUAACUGCAAUGCUGGAUAUUUGAGACCAACAUCAUAUGAGAGUUCUGUUAGGACCAGGAAAGGAAGCCAAAUACAGAGUUUUUCUGUCCUUGGCCUCUAGGAAUUAGGGAGCAACAUAUGGAGGCAAACCCAUCAAUCCCAAAAAUAUGGAUAGACCAGAGGCUUAUGAAAAAUAGCAAGUGACUGAGAUACAUAGUAACAAUUAGGGGUCAGGACCCUGAGUCCAGAUAGGGAAGCAGUUUUGUUUUAUUAAAUAAACCAGUCUGGCUCGGAGUCAAAACAGAUAUGCUUCCUAUCAAAAUGUCUCUGUACAAAAUAGUGUCACAUAGAUAGUUCCAAGGGAUUAUCAUUGACCCAUGGUGUGUGUAUCUGGAAAUAUCUUAGUAUUUAUUGAUUAUAUCUUGCUUGAAUAUAAACUGUGUGGGUUGGGAUCUCAUCUGGUUUAUUAACUGUUAUAUUCCCACUGUCUCCAACUGUGUCUAGCACAUAGUGGGUGCUCAGCAUAUAUAUUUUUAAUAAAAAGAGUCCAAGGAACUAA